AUGUCCUCGACAUACCACUCUGGAAGAGCUGAAAAGAGGGCAGGUGCGUCGGUAGGCAGCAGAGAAGGAGCAGAGGACACAGAUGUGGCCGAACUUGCUCCAGCAACUGCAGGAUUAUGCACAGGAGAUGUCAGCAAACCAAGCAGGAAGUCAGCCACCGAGAACAAAUCAAGCAGACAGAGAUUGAAAUAUUCCUGCAAGUUUCCUGGCUGUUAUAGUGGCUACUAUGUGGAUUCCACUGAUAUAUACAGUGAUUUCUCAACUUACAAACAAAAUAGAAAAGCAACAUUAAUCCAUAGUUCUCAUUACAAUACCAGCAUUCAAGGAGUAGAAGGUGAAGAAGGUACUGCAUUACUAGGAGAAGGAGGCGCCAGCUGCCCUGAUGUAGAAGGUGCAGCUGCAGCAGCAGUAUCAAUUGCUGCUAACCUUGCCAAACUACCAGAAAUAAAGAAGCUAGUGGAAGAUAGUGCAAAAGCUCGAGACCUAGCCUACUGCCCUUACAGUAAGUUCAAUGUUGGAGCUGCACUACUCGCUGAAAAUGGCGCAGUGUACACUGGAUGUAAUGUAGAAUGUUCAAGUUAUGGAGGAACUGUGUGUGCAGAACGCACAGCAGCAGUAAAGGCUAUAAGUGAGGGAAUACGUAAAUGUUUUACAAGUAUAUUUGAAGAAAUUUUGGUAGUGUCCACAGAUUAUAUUCAGAAACAAAUGCAGUAA